AAGAUAAUCGUCAAACGAGGAAAAUGAAGAUAACGGACAAGCAGAAGCAAACCAUUCUUAACCUUGGACGCUGCUGAGAUACUCUUCUUCAUCUCAACAUUCAAAUUACUACAUAGUAGAUGCCAUAGAACUCCAUUGAUACAUUAUUAUUCAUCUUUAUUAGCUUAUGGGCACUUUAAAUGGCUGCAGCAACCUUAUCACUCUUAAUUUUAGAACCACCAUUAAUGGUGUUCCUUCAUUAUCUUCCUCAACACACAAGAAACCCUCAUUUAGUAAUCAAAGAUUUGGUAUGAAGUCAAUUACUUGUUAUUUGUGUCAAAAGAGUUACAGGAGAGAGUUGUCAAGUACACUUAAAAAUGGGGGUUUGUUCCAUAGAUUAGUGUGUUUCAGUAGAGGUAGCGAUGAGGACGGUGAUUGUGGAAGUUCGUCGAGUGAUUUCAAUUUGGCGACGAAAGAGAAAGAGAAAGAGAUAAUUGUGGAAGAUAAUGAGAAUAUUGUUGAUGAUUUAAGGUCUGAAAGUAAGCAGCCCAGUUCCUUUUCGUCUUCUUCUUCUUCUUCUUCUUCUUCUUCAGGGCCACCGCCAGUUUCUCCUGUGGGAACACCAUACAACAAUUUCCAAGUUGAUUCUUUUAAAUUAAUGGAACUUCUAGGACCCGAAAAGGUUGAUCCCGCUGACGUGAAGCUGAUUAAGGACAAACUAUUUGGAUAUUCUACCUUCUGGGUGACAAAAGAAGAGCCAUUUGGUGAUCUUGGUGAAGGAAUUCUUUUUCUAGGGAACUUAAGGGGGAAAAGAGAGGAAGUGUUUGAGAAACUCCAAAAGCAGCUAGCCGAACUCAUGGGUGACAAAUAUAAUCUUUUUAUGGUUGAGGAACCCAAUUCUGAGGGUCUUGAUCCUCGUGGUGGACCUCGUGUUAGUUUUGGUAUGUUAAGAAAAGAAGUUUCCGAACCUGGGCCUACAACACUUUGGCAGUAUGUAAUUGCUCUACUUUUGUUCCUCCUAACCGUUGGUUCCUCUGUUGAGCUAGGGAUUGCAUCUCAGAUUGAUCGUCUUCCUCCAGAGUUGGUGAAGUACUUCACAGACCCUGAUGCGAUUGAACCUCCAGAUAUGCAAUUGUUGUUCCCAUUUGUGGAAGCUGCUCUGCCUCUGGCUUAUGGGAUCUUGGGAGUUCAGUUGUUUCAUGAAAUUGGGCAUUUUCUGGCAGCUUUCCCCAAAAAUGUGAAGCUUAGUAUUCCUUUUUUUAUUCCGAACAUAACUCUUGGUAGCUUUGGAGCCAUCACACAGUUCAAGUCUAUCAUUCCAGAUAGAAAAACUCAAGUUGACAUCUCGUUGGCUGGUCCCUUUGCUGGUGCUACACUCUCUUUUUCCAUGUUUGCUGUUGGCCUGCUGUUAUCUUCACAUCCCAAUGUCUCAGGAGAUUUUGUGCAAGUGCCUAGCACGCUCUUUCAAGGUUCUCUGCUUCUUGGACUCAUAAGUCGAGCCACGCUUGGUUAUACAGCCAUGCAUGCUGCCUCAGUUUCAAUUCACCCACUUGUAAUAGCUGGCUGGUGUGGUUUGACCAGCACAGCUUUCAACUUGCUUCCAGUUGGGUGCCUCGAUGGUGGGAGAGCAAUUCAGGGAGCUUUCGGGAAAAAUGCACUAAUCGCUUUUGGCUUGACGACCUACACAUUGCUCGGAUUAGGCGUGCUAGGUGGACCAUUAUCCCUACCGUGGGGGCUAUACGUACUCAUUUGUCAGAGAACUCCGGAAAAGCCAUGUUUAAACGAUGUGACAGAGGUCGGAACUUGGAGGAAAUCUGUGUUAAUAGGUGCUAUCUUUCUGGUGGUAUUGACAUUACUCCCUGUUUGGGAUGAACUAGCUGAGGAACUUGGUAUAGGCCUUGUCACCACUUAUUGAUCAUGUGCAAUGCAAAUGUUUAUGCAGUGUUUCAUUCAUAGAUGUAUAGAUAAUGAGAGCUGCCAGCUCAAUGAUGCCCCAAAAUGUUGUGAUUUCGUUGCGUAUUUUUCAUUUUCGAGCGUUAAAUUUCCUUUUAUC